UGCCAAGCUGCUGUCUCCGUACCUGUUGGUCCCUGCACUGUGCAGCCAGUACCCAUGACUACAUCCCGGUCUGGGUGGGCCAGGAUUCCCCUGCCUGGGCCCUCUGUGGCCACCUUCCUGCAGUUUUUGUUCCUGGGGCUGAGCACCCCCGCAUCACCCUCAAGAGUCCAACUGAAGCUGCAGAUGCCUGCAGGCCUGUCCACGUUGCAAGCGGUGGAGGGAUCGGAGGUGGUGCUGCCCGUGUGGUAUACCCUGAAUGGGGAGUUGCCUUCAUCUCAGCCUUGGGAGGUGCCUGUGGUGAUCUGGUUCUUGGAUCAGAAAGGGAAGCAAGCGGACCACGUGAGUGGCAAAACUGCAGCCCAUAGAGGCUGUGGAGGAAAAGCUGGCAACAGAGCCGGGAGGAAAGACGGGGAGGGAAGACUUUCAGGGAAAAGCAAAUGUCCUCAAAGCUUCCCUUUCUAUUCAGAUCUUGCAGGCUUCCUAAAAUAUUUUUCUUUACCCCAACUCUCCUGAGACAGCCAGCACAUCGAACACAGAGGAAGCCGGGGGAGGUUUUACUUUAUUAUUGAGUGGUAGACGUUGGGAGGUUGAGGAAAGGGCAACAUUCAAAGCUCUGCAUUCAUAUUCUCUGUAUUUUUAAAAUCAUUUUAUUGGGGUCUCGUACAACUCAUCACUAUCCA